GGGCUUCGCCGCGGCCUCCAGCGCCCUAGCCCCGGGGAAUGCAGCGGCCCCCGACCCCUGCCGCCGCCUCUCCGUGUCUGGGCUGGGCCUCCUCGCUCGCCUGCUCGGCGACCUCGACGCUCCUGGGUCGCCUCGGCCCGGCCCCCGUCAUGGCAGCCAAGUGGUUCAAGGAGUUCCCCCUGAACCUGAAGACCGUGUCCGAGCGGGCCAAGCCCGGGGCCGCGGGCGGCGGCAAACCGCGAAAGAACUCGGAGGCAGGGGGCGCGGGGCCCACCCUGGGAAAGAGUCGCAAGAACUCGGCGGCCGAACUGGGGGGCGGCAAGGCCACCAGCGGCCCCCCUAAGGACAGCCGGCUGUCCCGGGACAGCCUGCAGGGUCUGAUUCAAGCCGCGGCGGGCAAGGGUCGCAAGAACUCCCGGGCUACCGAGGAUGAGCCCCAUCGGGGUGCGGCCAAGAGCUCGGGCUGCAGCACCUACAUCAACAGGCUCAUCAAGGUGGACACACAGGAGAAGAAUGGGAAGAACAACUACCCUAACAGCAGCAGCAGCAGCAGCAGCAGUAGCAGCAGCAGCUCCUCAUCUUCCGCGUCGUCUUCUCCUUCCUCCCUGGGCCCUGAGCUGGACAAGAGCAAGAUUCUUAAGCAGCAAGAUGCGGUCAUCAUUUUAGAAGACUAUGCUGACCCUUACGAUGCCAAACGAACAAAGGGUCAAAGGGAUGCAGAGAGAGUAGGUGAGAACGAUGGCUACAUGGAACCCUAUGAUGCACAGCAGAUGAUAACAGAAAUCAGGCGCAGAGGUUCCAAAGACCCCCUGGUGAAGGCUCUCCAGAUGCUUGACAGCCCCUGUGAACCAGGGGAUAAUGGCAGCACCAAGUCAGAGACACUGGCCAAGAGAAGGAGUUCCAAGGACCUCCUGGGGAAGCCGCCCCAGCUCUAUGACACUCCCUAUGAGCCAGCCGAGGGGGGCUCACGGGUGGAGACUAAGGCUUGGCCCUCAGACAGCCGGCUACCUGAGGAUGACGAGAGGCCUGCGGCCGAGUAUGAGCAGCCAUGGGAAUGGAAGAGGGAGCAGAUUGUACGUGCACUGUCAGUCCAGUUUGAAGGAUCUGAGCGAGCUUCCGGCCGGGAGGAGACAGUAAGGCAGCACCACCGACAGAAGAGCUGGACCCAGAAGAUCUUGAAGCCAACCUUGUCAGACCACAGCGAGGGCGAGAAGGUGGACCCAGGCCUGCCCCUGGAGAAGCAGCCCUGGUAUCAUGGCACCAUUACCCGGGCUGAGGCUGAGAGUCGGCUCCAACCCUGCAGAGAAGCUGGUUACCUCGUUCGAAACAGUGAAUCAGGGAACAGCAGGUACUCCAUUGCUCUGAAGACUAGUCAAGGAUGUGUCCACAUCAUAGUGGCUCAGACAAAAGACAACAAAUACACACUGAAUCAGACAAGCGCUGUGUUUGACAGCAUCCCUGAAGUGGUACACUACUAUUCCAAUGAAAAGUUGCCUUUCAAAGGGGCAGAACAUAUGACCCUCCUCUACCCCGUGCACAGCAAGCUUCACUAAGCUACAGCCUUGGAUCCCAUCCUAUAAACUAGAUCUGUAGAAUUGGCAAAGAUUCUCUCCUGAACACAAUGGACCAGUUUACACUAUACAAAAGUAUUUUAAAAGACUUGGACAUUGUCUCCACUAUUCCUUAAGCUAUUGGUAGUCGUAGUACUGUUAUGUCUCUGAGUUAUUGUGAACUCUUAUCACCAGUCUAUUUACUGUGAAAAUCUCGUGGGAAUGGCAGACUGUGUGAGGUGAUGUCUAUGGCAAGUGGCUCAAGAACCUAAACAGCUGUUUCUAGCUCCGGGAUUUGUAAUCUUCUCAAAACUGGUCCAGAUGCAAAUGUGCUGACUGAUAUUAAUGGCAUGGUCACUUCUGUAGCUUCCUUCAAAUACAUACAAAACAUUGAAUUGCUUUUUAGGAAAAUAUUUUCUCCUAAUUAUUAAGUAUUAUUUUUUGGUUGUGCUUUAGAGGUUACUAAAUUUCCUUGCUGCUUUUGAUGUUCAAAGUUUGUAUCAUCUUUGGUUUUAAAAAGAUCAAAGAGGACCUUUCAAGAAUUUUUAUUAGGGCUGGGAAGGUGGUUCAGUAGUAGUGUUUGCCUUGCAUU